AACAUUCAUCAGAUCAUCGAAGUUCCACACACAGCUCAAGAGCUACUUGCAAGCGAGCAUACUCCAACCCUGUCAAUGGCCCUUCCUGCAUAUGAACUCCUACAGACCAAAUGGACCGAGCUGAAGGGGACCAUUUGGGAACUUGCCCACUAUAUCAAAAUUGGCCUUGACAAGCUUUUUAACUACAUUUGUCAAGGCAGGAAAACAUGGAUCUACACACUAGCAAUG